GCCACUUCCUUAUAAAAAGCUGAAUAUGAGAAAUGAAGAAGCACAAACUCAACCGCACUAUUGCUAAUUUCCUACUUUCUGUUCAUUUCUUGCUGUGUUAUCAAUCCAAACUUAACUUUCAGUCUCCAUUAACUAUGGCAGCUGAUGCACUACUUACUGAUCUCUUUAAGCAGUUGGCUUCAACCAUUUUUCAGCUGGCUAAAGAAGAGAUCAAGUUGCUUGGUGGCGUUGAUGAUGAAGUCCAAAAGCUUCAAGACAAGCUCGGAUUCAUCAAGGCAAUAAUGGACGAUGCCGAGGAAAGACAUGCAGUGAAGCAGCGUACUGAGAAGCUUUGGUUAGGGAAGCUCCAAGACAAAUACUACGAGAUGGACGACGUUUUGGACACCUGGAGCACUGCAAGGAUCAAAGCAAAGAUAGAGAAAGAAGAAGGAAAACCAGAGAUAGAGGAAGAAGGAGGAAAACCAGCUGAUAUUACCACUCCAGCUGUUGUGAAGAAGAAGGUAAGCUCCUUCUUCCCAUCUCCAUCAUGUUGUUUUAACCUUCCACUGCGUCAUGAUCUUGGUCACAAGAUUAAAACACUGAAUGAAAAAUUAGAUGGGAUUUUCAAUGACAGAGAGAAGUAUGGGAUUAACUUUAACAGGCAACCUGAAGUAGUUGAGCGACCGAUAACUACAUCCUUUGUGGAUGAGUCUAAUAUAAUUGGUCGUGAUAACUAUAGGGAGGAGCUGUUGAGCAACCUCUUGGGCGUGGGUAGUCCAAAGGAAAGAAAACCCCGUGUCAUAUCUUUGGUGGGCAUGGGAGGUCUUGGAAAAACCACUCUUGCCCAAAUAGCCUACAAUCAUAGUGAGGUGAAGGCCCAUUUUGAUCAAAGGAUGUGGGUUUGUGUUUCUGAUCCUUUUGAUCAAUGCAAGGUUGCCAAAGCAAUCAUUCAGGAGCUUGUCCCUACACAUGAAUCCCUUAAUAAUACUACUUCUACAUUGCAAGCUCUAUUGCGUAUAGUUUGUGAUUUGAUUAGGGACAAGAAGUACUUUCUUGUUUUUGAUGAUGUGUGGGCUAAAGACUCCAUAAAAGAGUCUGAAAAGUGGGAGCCUUUCAAAAAUGCUCUCACAUGUGGUGCCGGUAGUAAAAUUUUAGUCACCACACGUAAUGAGGAAGUAGCGCACAUGAUGGGGAGCGCCAAAACCGACAUUAUCAAUUUAGGGAAUUUGUCAGUCGAGCAUUGCUGGUUGAUUAUCAAUAAAAUGGCAUUUUCUGAUGACUAUGGAGAGCAAAGUAGGGAUUUAGAAGAGUUGGGUAAACAACUAGCAAAUAAGUGUAAAGGUUUGCCACUUGCUGCAAAGAUUCUAGGGAGUUACCUACGUGGCAAGAUGAGUAAAAAAGAGUGGGAAAAGGUUUUGCACGAUGAUUUAUGGAAAUUAGAAGAUCUUGAAAAUGGUCUUUUGGGGCCAUUUUUUUUGAGUUAUUAUGAAUUGUCCUCAUCAGAGAAACAAUGUUUCUUAUUUUGUGCUGUCUUUCCAAAAGAUUAUCAAUUCAAUAAAUUUGAGUUAAUCAUCAAUUGGAUGGCACAAGGAUAUAUCAACUCAAAAGGAAAUAUGGAGAUGGAAGUCAGAGCAGAGCACUACUUUGAAAAUUUAGCCAUGCGCUCUUUUUUUCAAGACUUUAAGAAAGAUGAUAAUGAUGGUGAAAUUGUAAGUUGCAAAAUGCACGAUAUAGUGCAUGACUUUGCGGAAUCAAUGGCUAAAGAUGUGUGCUUCAAAAUCAAUUAUAGGGGUGACAAGGUUGAGAAAGACUUUAAGAGGGCUCGCCAUUUGUCUUUAAUAUUCAGAGGAACAUUUCCUGAGUUUGUCUAUGAAGCGAAAAAUCUACGCUUUCUAAAUUUGGAUUUUAUUUCUUCUCGGAUUGUCCAACCCAAGUUAUUCGACCAUUUGACAUGUCUACGUACAUUACAUUUGGAAGGUGAGUCCAUUUUGGAACUUCCAAAUGAGGUGGAAAAAUUGAUGCAUUUAAGAUUACUCAAGUUAUCUUGUGAAGAGAUAGAAGAAUUGCCAGAAAGUAUAUGUAAUUUAUGUAAUUUACAAAGUUUGGAUGUUAGUAAUUGUUUGGAACUAGAGAAAUUACCCAAGGGGAUAGGUAAACUAAUUAAUUUAAGACACCUCCUCCUCCCGGAUGAACGUUGUGAAUCUUUUGAUGAUGGCAUUAUUGGGCAUAAAAUAAUGUCGUUUCCGAAGGGAUUUGGGAGAUUAACUUGUCUUAAAGCAUUAGGAUACUUUCCUGUAGGUAAGGGCGAAGAAAUAUGUAAACUGGGAGAAUUAGAACAUUUGAACCACAUUCAAGGGAAACUUCAAAUAUACGGGUUGAGUGAUGUGGUAGAUUCUGGUGCGAUCAAGAAUACAUUGAAGAACAAGAACCACCUCCGUGUUUUGUAUCUAAAUUUUUACACAUUAGAUAAAAUGGAAGGGGAAGAGGAAGAGACAGAGGAAGAAAGAAGAAGAAAAAUGGAGAAAGAUGUAGCCAUUCUAAAUGCCUUAGAGCCACCUCCCCGCUUGGAAUCUUUAAAAAUUUAUUUUUAUAAGGGCACCACAAUGUAUCCUAAUUGGAUGAUGUCCAAAUUGACCUAUUUGAAAAGCCUUAUGAUCAAAUUUUGCCCAAACCUAGAGCAGUUGCCUCCUUUGGGGAAGCUGCCGUUGCUCGAAGAAUUAUGGAUAGAGUUCGCUCGAAUGAUUCGAAAGGUGGGAGAUGAAUUUUUGGGAAUAGACAUAGAAGAAGAAGAAUUAUCAGAAUCAUCCAAAGACAUCAUCAUAUUCCCAAACCUUAAAUCUCUCGAAUUUAUUGGAUUGCAUAAGUGGGAAGAAUGGAGUGGGAUGGGAGGAACAAUAGAAGAAGAAGAAGAAGAAGAUAAUAGUGCUAAUGCUUUUGUUACUAAUAAUACUCCAAAAAUUAAAAUAAUGCCACUUCUUCAUUCCUUGGGAAUUCGGAAUUGCGGCAAGCUAAAGUCUCUGCCAGACUACCUGCGUAAUACUCCAUUACUACAGGAAUUGUAUAUCUCUGGAUGUCCAAUUCUCAAGCAGCGUUGCGAAAGAGGGAGAGGAGAUUACUGGCCCAACAUUUCUCACAUUCCAAACAUCAAAAUUCAUUAUAAUAUGUUUGGGUUGCAAAGAGACGGUCAACUUCCAGAGAGCAUUGAUUCAGAGAUGCAUGAUGAUAGUGACCAGAUGCAUGUAGAUGCAGAAGAAGCUGGAGAAUCAUCAUAUAGCUUCUGUGAGAUUUGUCUGGAAAGGAAAGAUAGUGACCAGAUGUUCAAAGCUGAGAGUUGUGUUCGCUCAUUUUGCUCUGAUUGCAUUGGCAAACAUGUUGCCACAAAGAUCCAAGAAAGCAUAACCGUUGUUACUUGCCCUGGAUUGGACUGCAAGGCUGUCAUAGAACUCGAUGCUUGCAGGGAAGUGCUUCCGAAAGACAUGUUGGACAGGUGGGACAAGGCUCUAUGCUUCCGAAACACUGAUGAGGUGGUUGAGGUGGACAAGAUUGAGGGCAGUAAUCAUGAGAAAGACAAUGGGGCUGGGUUUGAGGCGGAUGAACAAGUGGAAGUAAACAUUGAUGAAGGGGAUUUUUAAAUCUGGACAGUGCAGGGCAGUUGACAUGCACAGAAGAAGACAGAUACAUUAUGAUGAGACUGGGUAGUAAGAGGGUGGUGUUGAAGAAGACAAUGAAUAAGGAGGCAUGCAUUUGGAUUGAUGAUGAUCAAGAUAAUGAAUCCGGGCAAGAAAUCAAUGACAAAGAUUAUGUGGUUAAGGUAUACAAGAUUGAGGACAUUAGUGAUGAAGAAGAUGGGACAAAGCAUAAGGACUUGUCAAAAAAGAAGAUUGGACUAAGUAUAAGGCGGAUGAAGAAGUGUAAUAGACAAUGAAGGCGGAUGAAGAAGUGUAAUAGACAAUGAUAAGAGUUUUUUGCGGAGCUUAACAGAAAAGGGUGAUUGACGUACACAAAGGAAGACAGAGACUUUAAAGACGAAUGAUGAGGGAUCAUGAAGUUUAGUUACAAGUAGAGUUUUUAUAAAUGAUGAUAGCAAGGGAUAUGAAGCCUCUGAUAUUGAAGUUUGGGUUGACUUUAACUCUCCCUUUUUUAAGAUUUAUUUGACUCUCCCCUUAGAACCAGAAGGAUCAAUCCCUCCCUGCUGCCUUCCUUGCCACUCUUUGGGAAAUUAGGAGGUGUGGCUUACAGUUGCAGCCUUAGGAAUACUGAAGACAAUUGACAAUGACAUUCCAGUACUCCUUGAGGCAUACACAACUCUAAAAUCUGAUGGUCAUGUAUAUCUCCUGAUAGAAAACCAUGAUUACACUACUGUCCAGAGGCUCAAGAAAUAAUUCAUGCAUCCCAUGUUCAAUUGUAAUGUAUUAAGAAUGAUACCUGUGUUGUCAAGUUAAUGGGCUGCUACAGUGGCAUGAAUGUGGAUUAAUGAUGAUCAAGAUAGUGAACAAGAAAUCAAUGACAAAGAUUAGGUGGUUGAGGUAUACAAGAUUGAGGAUAGCAGUGCUUAAGAAGAUGAGAAUAAGCAUAAGGACUUAUCAAUUGGACUAAGUAUAUGGCGGAUGAAGAAGUGGAAGUAGACAAUGAUGAAAGCGUGAUUUGCAAAGCUGAACAGGGCGAUUGACAUACACAGAAGAAGACAGAUACAUAUUAUGGGACAAGGUAGUAAGAGGAGGGUGUUGAGGCAAACAGAGACUUUAAAAAGACGAAAUGAUGAGGGAUCAUGAAUUUUAGAUACAAGUAGAGGUUUUUUGAAUGAUGAUAGUGAGAGAGAAGAGGGAUCUAAAGCCUCUGUUAACUCUCCAUUUUGCAGCAUCUCUUUGACUAUUGCCUCAGAACCAGAAGGAUCCCUCCCUCUCUUGCCACUCUUAGGGCUUGUGCUCUAUCCUUGAGAUGGAAAUGAUCAUUAUAAAAUAGAAAUGGAAAAGAUUGCCAGUCAUUGUAUGCAGUUUUUAAUAAAGCCUGUUUCAUGCAAGAAAUCAGGAGGUAUGGGCUUACCGUUGUAGUGGUAGGAUAUCGAACACAAUUGAUGAUGACAUUCCAGUACUCCUCAAGGCGUACACAACUCUAAAAUUUGAUGGCCACAUUUUUUAUUUUUUGAUGGGCUGCAACACUGGAAAUUUGGAGGACUACCAUUAAAGUUGUUGUGGGUUGAUUUCCUAAAAUCAUUGACAAUGCCACAUCAAUUGGAACUCCGAAACAGCAUAAGACUAGAAGAUACAAACCAUUUAUGAGGAAGGAAGAUCAAGAUCAAUCUCAAAGAAAACAACCCAUUUGGCUGGUCAUGGAUUCAACUGUGGAAAGAAAUAAGCAUGAGCCUGAAUCUUCCAGUCCAAAAGGAAAGUUAUGAGAGAUUGACUCUCAAAAUAUGACGUUGGGCUUCUGAUCCCCUACUCCUUUGCGAAUCUGCCUCCAAAAAAUGCGUGUGCAAAACUCCACUCAAACUUCAUGCAAGGUUGAUAGAAGAUGCCCAUAGAAACUGACAAUGGCAAACCGAAUGGCGAGACAGCUAUACCAGAUGCUUGGAUGUGGCAAAUCAAAGAUCAGCUCAUCAAAGCUUAUUUAUUUCUCCCUGCCAAAAGAAACAAUACCUACAUAUAAAGGAAGUUUGGCAAGAACUUGGGGAUAUAAGCAAAGAUCCUAAAUAGCCAAUGAAAUCACAGAUGAGGAUCAAUAAGUUAGUUGCACAAAGUUAUAAGCAUGGAAAAUGGUGUUCUGCACUAUGGUGUUGAGCUUUAUAGCGACAAUGACUUCAAAAAUUGGGUUUUAGUUUCAUCAUUUGAUGCCUUAAUGUCUCCAUUUCCUCCUCAUCAUUAGGCAUUCAUUGAAGUUUAAAUCUAUUGGAGAGGUACAGUUUUAUAUUGGUGAAAAUUUUUGAGCAAGGAUGCACCUCAGAUAGCCAUGUCUUACAUUCUGGUGCAAGAUAUAUUUGAUUGCAACUAUGCUGAGCGAUGAGGUACUGUUCAACAUUGUGAAUGUAGCAUGUCAUGGACGUGAAGAAGAAAUAAGGUCAACCAGUGACGCAUGAAUUGGCAACUAGGCAGUUGGCAUUAUGCAUAUCUGUGGGAGAAGUGCUAAUGUGUUAAUAAUGUUCAAUCAUCUAGUGGUAUAUGAAUGCUUUUGUUCAUCAUCCCUUGGUGAUUCUCUAAACAAUUUGGGAGGUUAUCAGCUAUAUGAUGACAUGGGGCAAUCAAUCAGCCAUUAUUUUUACUGAUCAUUGUGGCUUCAUUAUUUCUCCCAGCCAGAAGAAACAAUCCCCACAUUACAAGGAAUUUUGGAAAGAACUUGGGAUAUGAACAAAGAUUCUAAACUGCCAAUGAAAUGAGGAUCAUUAAGCUAGUCGCACAAAUUUAUAAGCAUGGGAAAUGGUGUUGUGCACUAUGGUGGUGAGUUUUAUAGUGAUGAUGACUUGAAAAGUUGGGCUUUAGUUUCAUCAUUUGAAGCCUUAAUGUCUCCGUUUCCUCCUCAUCAUUAGGCAAACAUUGAAGGCAACCACUCAUUUUCAAGUACCUGAAAUUGAACCAUAUGAAACUUUGGGGUGUUGGUACACAUAUCUCAUCAAAUACAGUUAAUGCAGUUAAAACCUAUUGGAGAAGCACAGUUUUGUAUUGGUGAAAAUUGCUAAAGCAAGGAUGCACCUCAGAUAGCCAUGUCUUACAUUCUGGUGCAAGAUAUAUUUGAUAAGCUCCAUCGGUUGCAAAGCUUCAUAUGUUGGAAUAACAAAGCUCCCUUCCUCUCUGCCCUAUGUCAUUUACCUUGUCUAUAAAUUUUUAUACCAAGUUCAUAGAUGCAACUAUGUUGAGCGAUGAGGCUCCAUUCAGCAUUGUGAAUGUAGCUUGUCAUGGAUGUCAAGAUGAAAUGAGGUCAACGAAUGAUACACAUGAAUGGGAAACUAGGCAAUUGGUGUUAUGCAUAUCUGUGAGAGAAAGUGUGUUAAUAAUGUUCAAUCAGCCAGUGUGGUAUUUGAAUGCUUUGGUUCAUCAUUCCUGGGUGAUUCUCCAAACAAUUUGGGAGGCACUUAGUUAUCUGAUGACACUGGGCAUUCAAUCAGUCAUUAUUCUUACCAGUACUUGAGCUGUUGGCACCUUAUUAGAGUCCGGUCAGUGUAAGGCAAGCGGGGACUUGUGCGCUGUGACAAAAGGAUCUUGGCAGUUUACACAUCCCCUUCAGAGUUCUCGCAUUCUUUCCUGGCUCAUCAUCGAGCUUGAAACUGGUCAGCUUGUCGAUUGUGCAGCCACAUCUUUUAUACUCAUGGCCUGAAGUAGUAAAGCAGCACAUCAAAAUAUAUAAAGGAAAAUCUAAUUAGGGACUGUACAUUGUAUUUUUACCUUUUUUAUGCGAUUCUCAUACUAUUUUCAAAGUAUUUUUCAUGGGUAUCAUUUUCAUAACUAAGAUACAUUAUAUUUAUGCAAAAUAUAUCACAACACGAAGAGUGAUAUUGAUCUACAGCUUCA